CUCGUGCAACGAGCACAGCACCACUCGGCACGCCAGCAUACAUUCUCCUCGGAGGCACAUCGGAUGUUGCCCCCUCCCCGCAUAUCUACUCAAGAGCGGGCAAACGAACCUCCCCCCGGGCACCACCUCGCGCCGCCUCCCCUCACCGACCCUACCCUAGGUUAGGCCGGCAGCACCCGCUACAACUAUGGCGGCCACAGAAUUGGAAUCCGCCAUAUCGGUACCGCGACCGCCAGCCAUCUCGGAAGCGGACAAGGCAAAGGUAGCGGCAGCGGCUAGCACACAGCAUCAGCAACAAGGCGGCGAUAUGGACGUCGACGACUCCCCUUGCUCGCAAGCUGUCGUCAAUGGCGCGACAGCUGCAAAGCACGCAGGCGCAACAGUCGCUCCAGCACUCAUCCCCGCGCCACCUAUUGCUCUGCAGCAUACAGGCCCAACACCCCGCGUCUACCUCGCGACGUACUCGUCUGUGCCCGUCUACGAGCUGACCGUCCGCGGGAUCGCCGUCAUGCGCCGCAGAGCUGACGGCUUCCUCAACGCCACCCAGAUCCUGAAGGUCGCCGGGAUAGAAAAGGGACGCCGAACCAAGAUUCUUGAAAAAGAGAUCCUCACCGGCGAGCAUGAAAAGGUCCAGGGCGGGUAUGGAAAGUAUCAGGGUACAUGGAUUCCACUCAAACGUGCACAAGAGCUGUCUGCUGCGUACAAUGUUGCGCAUCUGCUCAAGCCAGUUCUCGAAUUCGAUCCAGCAAGCGCAGCCAACCUGACGGCCGCACCCAAAGGCAAGCGGCCCAAUCCGAACGCGCCGUCUGCUCAGCGUCUCAACAAUAUCCAUUCCGCGUCCAGUGCUGCAGGGAGCACUCUUGUCGACGUCGCCGUGGACGCAGAAAGUGGCACGGGAGCAGUAGCCGGAGUAGGAGCCGCAGCUGGAACAGCGGCAGCGACAGGAUCAGGGGCAGUGACAGUGACAGUGGCAGGGGCAGGGGCAGGGGUAGCGACAGAUGUCGACGCAGACACAACAUCGCAGGAACCACGGCGUACUUCGCCAUCGGUCAUCACGAUGGAGAACGGUAGCAUAUACGGUCCCGGUGCUUCAGCUGGCACGGCUGGCGCACCGAGCCAGGCCCCUCGGUUUCUUCGGCUUCGGCCGCCCCCACCGCCAGCAGGUUCAUUGAACGACACCGACACAUCCGUCGCCAAUGGCUCCACCGGCACAGGUUCAGGCAUGUCGGCGGGAGAGGACAAUGCAGCAGCAGCAGCAGCGGGAAGUUUUACGCCAAACAAACGUGCGCGGUUCACCGCUCCGGGUGUCAGCAGGGAUCACGAGGCAAUGCAAGUCGACGGGCCGGACUCGGUAGUGGCCGCAGCGACCGAAGACAACGUGUUACUCAGCAAUACAGACGCAAUCGCGAACCCAUCGCCCGUGCGGGAUCUGAACAACCUCGGUCCGGCCGGUGGCUGUCUGCGGGCCGCGUCUGGCGGCCCCGCCGCGCUGGCUGGUGCGCAUGGGCGCUUCGGCGGUGCACAUGGCACAUAUUAUGGCGGCCAACACCACCAUGCGCGCUCGGCGCGCAUCGUCCUCGGGCCGCCAGAUCACCUCGCGCGCAGUGACGGCGGUAGCGGCGCGCGUUACGCCGAUCGCGCGCAGGCGUUCAAGGGUGUAGACGAAGCGCAGGAGCGGCCGCUCAAGGAGAUCCUCACGAACCUCUUCCUGGAAGAGGAACAUGCAGGCGCCGCCGCCGCGAAACGCAACGGGGCUGACGAUGUGACAGGCAGGGAUCACGAGUCCGACCUUAAGCAGUUGCUCGGGCGCAUGUCCGCCGCCAUCUCCCUCGGGCACGGGCAGAGCGGCGCAGCAUCCACACCCUCGUCAUCAUCAGCAGCACCAGCAUCACGAGUACCGUUCGGGAAUCCGGAUAACCCGAACGUGUCGGUCAACAUUGUCAUUGACGACCACGGCCAUACGCCGCUGCACUGGGCCGCGGCGCUAUCGAAGCUGCCGCUGCUGCGCACAUUGCUCGCACGGCCUGUCGAGCACGGCGGCGCGAACGUGCAUGCCGGUAACUUUGCCGGCGAGACGGCGCUGCACCGCAGCGUCCUCGUCACGAACAGCUACGAGGCGGGCACCUUCCCGAGCGUGCUCGCGCUGCUCGCGCCCAGCCUCAUGACGGGCGACUACAAGCGCAGGACAAUCCUGCACCACAUCGCCAUGGUCGCUGCACUCAAGGGCCGCGCCGCACCCGCGAGGUACUACCUCGCGUGCGUGCUCGAGUACCUCGCGCAGGCACAGCAGCAGCAGCCUGUGAAAGGCACCGCGGCUGCAGGGGCGUCCGCAAUGCCGAUCUCCAAACGCGACGCAGCAGCGCUGAUUGACGCGCAGGACGAGAGCGGGGAGACAGCGUUGGGCAUCGUUGCGCGCAUCGGCAAUGCGAGCAUGGUGCGCAUGCUGCUCGAGGUACGUGCACGCAAGGACAUCGUCAACCACUUUGGCAUUAGACCGAGCGAUUGGGGGCUCGAGCAGCAUCUUUCGGCCGCCCAGCAGCAGCAGCAGGGAGAAGACCCAGCGGUAGCAGCACCGGCCGGUAGCGCGGAAGGGGAGGCGACAAAGCUGGCGGGCGAAUUGGCCAAUCAUCGUGCGCACGAUAUCGUCGCUGCAAUCGCCAAGCCGCCGCGGCCGCCCAUGCAAAGGAGUCAGGACGUCCUUGGCGAGAUCCAAAAAGCUGUGGAAGAAGUCAAGCAGGUAUAUGAGGUCGAGAUGGCCGAGAAGCAGAAGAAGCUCGCCGCCGCGCAGGCGCAGCUACAGCGAGCGACGCGCGACCUCGCGAGCCGCCGACGGAUAUUCAGCGAGGUCCAAGCCAAAGUCGCGCAGCGCGACGAGCAUCGGAACAACAUCGCCAAUCUCAAGCGCAUGAUCGGCAGCCUGCGCGAAGCUGCGAUCGCACCCGGCGCACGCGCGGCUGCGAACGAGGCGUUCGUCGAGCAGCAAAUCGCAACGCUCGAAGUGGGCGGCAACGCUCCUGCCAAGGAGCUCGUGCGCUUGCGCUGGCUGUACGCCUGGCUCGUCGGCUCCAGCGGUGCGUUGGAGAAGCGCAUCGCGGCGGUGCAGCAGGAGGCCAAGACGAAGGAGGCGCAAUGCCGCAAAGUUGUCGCGAUGUGCUGUGGCGUCGAGGAGGACCGCGUCCUGGAGAUUCUUGACGACCUCGUCGUCGCCAUCGAGAGCGAUGGCGCCGAAAUGGACCUCUCGCGCGUCGCCGGCUUCCUAUCCAAAGUGUCGUCAUCAUGAAUCGACACGUGCGCGGAUUAUUGUCAUGCCCAAGGUCACGAACAGGCGCGACCAGGUUAGAAACUAUCAUCGCCAUCAUGGGGUUGCAUGCCCUCAUUGUGCGGGUGAUUUUCUGUAUACUACAUCACAUUCUUUCUAGUCAGAAACGCAUUUGCCACUG